AUGUUAUAUAUUCUAAAUUCUGUAGAUUGUAUCUUUCUUUCCCACGGAUAUCGAAGCAAUCGAUCAAUUAAUAACCAACAGGAAUGUCUCUCAAACUCCAAGAUAUCUUUGACGUCAAGGGCAAGGUCGUCCUUGUCACCGGCGGUGGCACAGGUCUCGGCAAAGCUAUCUCCUCGGGUUUCGUCCAAAAUGGCGCCAAGGUGUACAUCACAGGCCGUCGUCAACAGGUACUUGAAGAAGCUGCCAAGGAAAUUGGCGGGGAUAUCAUCCCUAUUCAAGGGGAUGUUUCUACCAAGGAAGGAUGUAAGGCUAUUGCGGAUGCUUUAUCUGCCAAGGAGUCCAAGCUCGAUGCCCUCAUCAACUGUGCCGGUGUGAUGCGAGCUUAUAAAACGACUAUCAAGGAUCACAAUAACCCCGACGAAGUUGAGAAGCUCUUGUGGGAAGGCCACGACGAUGAUGACUUCAGCUAUUCCAACGCCAUCAACAUCAAUGGCCCUUACUUUAUGACCUGCGCUUUGAUCCCCCUUUUGCGAAAGUCUGACCUUCGCAGCGUCGUCAUUAUCGCCUCCAUCGCCGGCUUGGCCAACCAGCGAGCGACGGGAAGUGUUUCUUACGGUGUCUCCAAGGCUGCUGCCAUUCACCUCGGUAAACUCCUCGCCGGGCGUCUUCACCCGUUGAAGAUUCGAGUGAACACCAUUUGUCCUGGUAUCUUCCCUUCCGAGAUGACGGGCAAGAACGAUGCUGGUCAAGGUCUUGAGUAUGAUAUAGGAGAAAUCCCUACCAAAGCUGCAAAGAGAUCUACUGUCGGUCGUCCCGGUUUGCCAGAGGAGAUUGUCGGCCCUGUGCUUUUGCUUUCCAGUAAAGCGGGAGGAUAUUUUGACGGAGCGAUGCUUACUGUGGACGGUGGAAGGUUGAUGGGUGCCGGCAUUCAUGAUGGUCUCCGAUUGCCUGAGGAUACGUAUCUUUGAGUUAAAUGAACAGAGAAAAAAUGAGACAGACGUUGAGAUGGGUUGAUCGUAACUCUUCAAUUAAGGAUGUAUAUUUGUUACCUUCUGAAUGUUGACGGCAAAGAGAGUGCCUUUGACUCAUUACACCCUUCCAAGCCAUACUCUAGUUGGCGGCAUAAGCUUGUUGUAGAUCAGUUCGUUUGAAAUAGAAAACUCCAUGUACGAUGGCCAAA